UUGGCAGUUUCGACUAUAGCCAUUCUCGAGUUAGUUCGAUUUUAUAAUUGUAAAAAAGAUAAAUAUUUUUUAAAUAUUCCCUUCACCAUUGCGUUGAUUAUUAUUGUAUGUUGGAGAUCUUGUGUUGGUCUGUGUAAUCAAUUAAUCUCAUCUAGUGAAGUGUCAGUAAAAAAUUCUCCAGUUACCGUCAUCAAAGAGAUCAUUUUUUGACAGACAUUGAACUUUUUUUGAAGGUUAAAAGUGAUUACGAAAAGUGAUUUUAUAAUAAUUACCAAUAUAGCUCUGUUAUUGGUUGUGAUAAAUUGAAAUAUUUAUAUUGGAAUAAGAAUACACCAUUUUUUAACCAUCAACAUGCCAACCUCAAAAGAAAUCAGCGUCGCCGUAAUCUGUUCCAGUAACAUGAAUCGAAGUAUGGAAGCUCAUGCCUUUCUAAGUAAAAAAGGCUUCAAGGUUAAAUCAUUCGGUACUGGAGACAAAGUUAAAUUACCAGGAAGUGGCCCUGACCGACCAAAUGUUUACGAUUUCGGAACAUCGUAUAACGAAAUCUACAACGAUCUCCUUGCCAAAGACAAACAAUUAUACACACAAAUGGGUUUACUUCACAUGUUGGACAGAAACAGAAGAAUAAAAUCCCGUCCGGAACGAUUUCAAGCAACAAGGGAAAAGUUUGAUAUUCUAAUAACUUGUGAAGAACGAGUUUAUGAUCAAGUGAUCGAGUUCAUGGAAUCCAGAACGCCCGUCACCAAUCAACCAGUUCAUCUUAUCAACAUAGAUAUUCAAGACAACCAUGAAGAGGCUACAGUUGGAUCCUUCCUUAUUUGUGAAUUAGUUACUAGGCUUGCCAGAAGUCAUGAUUUGGAUAAUGAUAUAGACCAUAUUCUCGACGAGUUUGAGUCGGAUAAAAAGGCAAAGAUGAUGUUACAUACUGUACUUUUUUAUUGAAAAUAUACUGUUUAACUAAUUCACGGAUCGGUCAUUGGUUUCGACAAUUCUUCAACGUACUAGAACGAUGACGGUCUUCAAAAGGAUGGAAAUGUGGAAGAACAUUAGUCGAGAAGAAUAACGAUCGACAAACGAAACAUAGACUGUAAAUAUAAAUAUCUGUAAAUGUGUUCUCUAAUCAGGCGAUUUAAUUACAUCAAUGAUGUAUAAUAUUAAUUAUUUGUAAUAUAUUUUAAAUUUUUACGUAUUUACUCAUUAAAGGAAACAUUAUUGUAGCUUAUUCAAUUGAUAAAAUAUGUUCUGAUAAGGUCAUGUGAAUAUGGUAGUUUUAUUUUUAUAAGGAUAUUUAGUUACACAUGUAAAUGAAAGAUUAGUUAUUCAACCAAAAGUUAAUACAUUUAAAUUUCUUCUAAUACUAAUUUUGACAAUUAAUUCAAGUACUUUCAACUAAAUUAAAAAAUCAGCCAAAAUGUAAAUUAUGGUACCUUUUUUUAAACAAUUAUUACACAUUGUAUGAUGGAAAAAGGAUGUAGUAUU